UCUCUUAGACAGGUGUAAAUAUUAUGAAAAUGCAAACAAGGUGUUAUUUCCUCAUUUUUUAGAGAACAGUGUAGGUAGAAUAUAGAAUGUAGGAACCGGUAGGAAGAAAUAUCAAAAAAAAAAAAAAAAAAAAGAGUCUUUGUUAACAGAUUUCAAUUUGAAGAAGAAGAAGAAAAAACAGGUUUGAAUGUCCACUUCCCUACCCUUAGUCCACUAUAUAGGGAAAGGAUCGAUUUGAGACACGCCCUUAAUGUCAGUCACUAUGAGACCACGCCCCCAAGGGUAGGGCUGCGCACUGCAGCACACUGAGAUUGUGCUGUGUGUGUGUGUGUAUACGUGUGGGAUGACUUCAUCGCAUCCUUUUUUCAUUUAAAUUCAUGUAACCAGCUGGCUGCUGGUCGCCUCAGGCAAAUCGGAAAAGCGAAACAGUGGAUUAAACUUCUGUUUCUUCUAAGCCUGCCGCUGCAACGAGGAACUGCAGCAUGUACGUGUUUGGUGGGAUGUCGUCGAGAAUUCAUUACGAACGCCUGCGGGCAGAGGGCGCGGGCACCAACGAGCGAGCGCUGCCCUUCCUCAACCAGGACUACGAGGCACUGAAGCAGGAGUGUUUGGAAAGCGGCAGUCUCUUCGAGGACCCGUGUUUCCCGGCACGGCCGCCGUCGCUCGGAUUCAAGGAACUAGCGCCUCACUCGUCCAAAACGCGUGGAGUCGAGUGGAAGCGACCCAACGAGCUGACGGCUGAUCCUCAGUUCAUCGUUGGAGGAGCCACCCGGACCGAUAUCUGCCAAGGAGCUCUGGGUGACUGCUGGCUGUUGGCCGCCAUCGCGUCUCUCACUCUGAACGACAAGCUCUUGCACAGGGUGGUUCCGCACGGCCAGAGCUUCACGGACGAUUACGCCGGCAUUUUCCACUUUCAGUUCUGGCAGUUCGGCGACUGGGUGGACGUCGUCAUCGACGACCGUCUGCCCGUGAAAGACGGGGAGCUCGUUUUCGUGCACUCGGCAGAAGGGUCCGAGUUCUGGAGCGCCCUGCUGGAGAAAGCCUACGCUAAGCUGAACGGCUCGUACGAGGCUCUGUCCGGAGGCUCCACCACCGAGGGCUUCGAGGAUUUCACAGGCGGAGUGUCCGAGAUGUACGAGCUGAAGUCGGCACCCAGGGAUCUGCCCCGCAUUAUCACGAAGGCCCUGGAACGGGGAUCGCUGCUCGGCUGUUCUAUAGACAUCACCAGUGCCUUUGACAUGGAAGCGGUGACCUUCAAGAAGCUGGUGAAAGGUCACGCCUACUCGGUGACGGGACUCAAAGAGGUGGAUUUCCGCGGUAACAGAGAAAAGCUGAUCCGUAUCCGGAACCCAUGGGGGCAGGUGGAGUGGACAGGGGCAUGGAGUGACAAUUCAUCCGAAUGGGACCAGGUUGAUCCGUCCGAAAGAGAGGAGUUGAACUGCCAAAAAGAGGACGGAGAGUUCUGGAUGUCGUUUCAGGAGUUUAAGCGUCAGUUCUCGCGCUUGGAGAUCUGUAACCUGACGGCGGACGCGCUAAGUGACGACAGUCUGAGCUUCUGGAACACCAUCAAGUUCGACGGCACCUGGAGGAGAGGGAGCACGGCGGGAGGCUGCAGGAAUCAUCCCAACACAUUCUGGAUAAACCCGCAGUACAAGAUCACGCUGCUGGAAGAGGACGAUGACCCCGACGAUCCCGAGGUGGCCUGCAGCUUCCUGGUGGCACUGAUGCAGAAGGACCGGCGGCGCUACCGUAAACAGGGCCAGGACAUGCACACCAUCGGCUUCGCCAUCUACGAGGUCCCAGAAGAGUCCCGCGGUUGCCAGAGCGUUCACCUGAAGAAGGAGUUUUUCCUCCGCAACUCGUCCUGCGCUCGUUCCGAGACCUUCAUCAACCUGCGCGAGGUGAGCACGCGACACCGGCUGCCUCCAGGCGAGUACCUCAUCGUGCCCUCGACGUUCGAACCCGGGAAAGAAGCCGACUUCGUCCUCCGUGUGUUUACCGAGAAACAGUCCGAGACCGAAGAGAUGGACGACGAGGUGUCGUUCACGCUGGACGAAGAGGAGGACAUCACCGAGGAAGAUAUCGACUCCUCGUUCCGAAACAUGUUUGCUCAGCUUUCUGGUGAGGAUAUGGAGAUAUCAGUCCAUGAGCUGAGGACCAUCCUGAACAAAGUAGUGUCCAAACACCGGGAUCUGAAGACGGACGGGUUCAGUUUGGAGUCGUGCAGGUCCAUGGUGGCCCUCAUGGAUAAAGACGGAAGCGCUCGUCUGGGAAUCGUGGAGUUCCAGAUCCUGUGGAAUAAGAUCAGGAAGUGGCUGGGAAUUUUCCGGGAAUUUGACCUGGACAAAUCAGGAACCAUGAGCUCGUAUGAGAUGCGAUUGGCCGUGGAGAAUGCUGGUUUUAAGCUCAACAACAAGCUGAACCAGGUGCUCGUGGCGCGUUACGCCGACCAAGAGCUGAUCGACUUCGACAACUUCAUCUGUUGCCUGGUCAAACUCGAGGCCAUGUUUAGAACCUUUAUACAGAUGGACAAAGACGGCAGCGGGGUCGCCGAACUUUCCAUCUCUGAGUGGCUGUACCUGACCAUGUGCGGCUGAGUCUCCUGACCCAAGCUGCGUCGAGAGAUUUUCGGACGAGGAUCACAACCGGAGCGUCGAUUAACCCUCGGACGCAGAGAAAACGUUCGGCCUUAACCACUUCAAUGCUAACUAGUCCCACCUCAGACACCUUAUUAUGUUAACGACUAUGCAACGUGACGAGCUUAACCACCUAAAACCACACGAUUUGUGUUGCAAUCCAUACCCACACACACACACACACUGCUGCAUGUAUAUCAAGAGCAAACGAAUCUCGCACGUCACUAAUCUUAUUUCAUAGCUUUUGAUUAUAACCUAGAAUAUACAGUAUUUUCUCUUAUUUGGAGAUGUGUAAUGUUUUAUUUCGAAAAAUGUAGACCACUACAUAGCCAGUGCGUAUCCGUUAAAUAAUCCAGUAUAUGAUUGGGCGUGUGCCGGUGAUCGGUUAGACGAUACGUCGUAAUGUUCAGCAUGCAUGAUAUUAAUCUUUGGCACGUUUAUCCAAACUAAGAAGAAUGAUUUAAGAACCAUUUCAAGUUAAAGUCCUGCAGCUAAGCACGGUCAUCUUCUUAAAAUCCUAUUCAAACAUACCAUCAUGGUGAUAUCGGAAACCAGGACUGCUUAUCCUUUGUUAAUCACGACAACUAUCACGAUAAAACUUGAUAUCGGCACACGCCUGAUAACGUUUCACUAUGUGUUCGUGUGUAACCUGAUAUGCAUAGCAAAAGCCAAACUGAUCUGAGCUUUCUGCCAUUUUAGCCUUAAUGAAGAGUAUUUUAAUAGUUUUAUUUCAUUGUAGGUUUUCUCAAACAGUGCUGCUUAACAAUAAAGUCAUGAUGAUAAA